AUGUCACGCAGGCAGCAGCAGCAAUCCAGCCCUCGACUUCUCAGAAGCAGAAGUGGAACUACUUCUCCGACCACAACCCUAACCCUAACCAUACCGCAAAACAUUUCAAGUUCAUCAUGCACUACCACGCCAUGCAACAGCCAAAGAUUCACCACCCCCUGCCGCUCGAAAUCCAUCGUAAAAUCAAGAGGCAAUAAGGAUCAGAAGGAAGAGAAAGUACAUGCACUCAAGCAAAAGAAGGGCUGCCAAGAAAGUAUCAGUAGAAAACAAGGUACUAAUAAUUUAGGUUUAAAUACAAGUUUUGCUAAGUUGCAGGGUGGGAGUACUAGUCCAAGUCCACGCCCUAGGACAUCAGUGUCCGUGCCACCUCCGAGGUCUCCGUCCGCAUGGGCGUUGUCCCCGGGACGGACUUUGCCGUGGAAGGUGGCGCCGGAGUCCCCGGCAGCUGUGCCUUCCACAAGAGCAUCUAAGGUUAAGUCUGGUGGUGGCGGGGUUGGUGGAGUUUUGAAGUAUUUUAGGCUGCAGAAGAAGGUGUCGCCGGUACAAGAGGAGGACUUCCACCGGUUUCGGCUUUUGCAUAAUAGGCUACUGCAGUGGAGGUUUGCAAAUGCCAGAGCUGAGGCUGCUAAGAUUGCAGCACAGAAAAGUUCACAGGAUAAAAUAUUUAGUGUGUGGCUUAGAACAUUGAAGGUGAGAAACUUCAUCCUAGACAAAAGAAUGCAAGUGCAAAAGCUUAAGCAUGAGAUUAAGGUGUACCAGAUUUUGAACCCACAAAUUAUUCUAUUGAAUGAAUGGGGAAAACUGGAUAAAAAAAAUCAAGAAUCCGUCAGCAGGUUGGUGAGAAAAUUGUCUGGAAUUUCAAACACAAUCCCUUUGGUACAUGAUGCGGAGGCAAAUGUGGAGUCUGUGUACGAAGUCAUGACCACGGCCAUGGCUAUGAUGGAAGGUAUUUUAGGAAUGGUCUCUAAAUUGUUGCCGCAGCUGGAAAAGGUGCUUUACAUGGUUACGGAGCUUUUAAUCGCACAGAAACAACAGAGAGAAUUGGAGAAUAAUUUAGCCUUGGUUUCUGCACUUGCGGAGGAGGAAGCAAGUGUAAGAGCACAUCUAAUCCAAGUGGAGUCAACGUACCUGUUGCCGCCAACAAAUUCUUAUAAAUUUGAUCAAUGA